AUGUCUGAAGAAGUUUACGACGGUGCCAUCGGUAUCGAUCUGGGUACCACCUACUCCUGCGUUGCGAACUACGACGGCAACAAUGUCGAAAUCAUCGCCAACGAGCAGGGUAGCUUCACCACCCCAUCCUUCGUUUCCUUCACCGACGAGGAGCGUCUCAUUGGUGAGGCCGCAAAGAACCAGGCCGCAAUGAACCCUGAAAACACAGUCUUCGAUGUCAAGCGAUUGAUUGGACGGCGAUUUGAUGACCCUAUUGUCAAGAAGGAUAUCGAAUCAUGGCCAUUCAAGGUCGUCGACCAAGGCGGCAACCCUAUGGUGCAAGUUAGAUACCUUGGAGAGACCAAGACCUUCUCACCACAAGAAAUCUCGUCGAUGGUCCUGAUGAAGAUGAAGGAGGUCGCCGAGACAAAGUUGGGCAAGAAAGUCGAAAAGGCUGUUGUCACAGUCCCUGCCUACUUCAACGACAACCAGCGACAAGCCACCAAGGACGCCGGUGCCAUUGCCGGCCUGAACGUUCUCCGCAUCAUCAACGAACCCACUGCUGCCGCCAUCGCCUACGGUCUUGGAUCCGGCAAGUCUGACAAGGAGCGCAAUGUCAUGAUCUACGAUCUUGGUGGUGGUACUUUCGAUGUUUCUCUGCUCAACAUCCACGGCGGUGUCUUCACGGUCAAGGCCACCGCUGGUGACACCCACUUGGGUGGUCAAGAUUUCGACACCAACCUCCUCGAGCACUUCAAGAAGGAGUUCACCAGGAAGACGAAGAAGGACCUCUCUGGUGAUGCCCGUGCCCUGCGAAGACUCCGUACCGCUUGCGAGCGUGCGAAGAGAACUCUGUCCAGUGCCACCCAGACCACCGUCGAGAUCGACUCGCUCUUCGAUGGUGAGGACUUCAACACCCAGAUCACCCGUGCUCGUUUUGAAGACCUCAACGCCAAGGCCUUCAACGGCACUCUCGAGCCUGUUGCGCAGGUGCUUAAGGAUGCCAACAUUGACAAGUCUGCUGUCGAUGUGAUCGUCUUGGUUGGUGGUUCCACCCGUAUUCCUCGUAUCCAGAAGCUCCUCAGCGAUUUCUUCGAUGGCAAGAAGUUGGAGAAGAGCAUCAACCCUGAUGAAGCUGUUGCCUACGGUGCCGCUGUCCAGGCUGGUAUUCUUUCCGGCAAGGCCACCUCCGCCGAGACCGCCGAUCUGCUUCUGCUCGACGUCGUUCCUCUCUCCCUUGGUGUCGCCAUGGAAGGCAACAUCUUUGCCCCUGUUGUUCCUCGCGGUAACACCGUACCGUGUAUCAAGAAAAGAACUUUCACUACAGUCGCGGACCAACAAACCACAGUCAGUUUCCCGAUUUUCCAAGGAGAACGGACGAACUGCGAGGACAACACCUCGCUUGGAGAAUUCACCUUGGCACCCAUCCCACCGAUGAGGGCAGGCGAAGCUCAGCUUGAGGUUGUCUUCGAAGUCGAUGUCAACGGAAUCCUCAAAGUCACUGCAUCGGAAAAGACAUCUGGCCGAACCGCCCACAUCACCAUCUCCAAUGCCGUUGGCAAGCUGUCCAGCACAGAAAUUGAGAAGAUGGUCGAAGACGCGGCCAAAUUCAAGAGCACCGAUGAGGCAUUCACCAAGAAGUUCGAAGCCAAGCAGCAACUCGAGUCCUACAUUGGCCGUGUCGAGGAGUUGAUCUCUGACCCGGGCCUGUCAAUGAAGAUGAAGCGUGGUAACAAGGCGAAAAUUGAGGAAGCCCUCAGCGACGCCAUGCAACAACUCGAGUUGGACGAUGCUUCGGCGGAUGAUUUGAAGAAGAAGGAACUGGCGCUCAAGCGAGCAAUGACCAAGGCUAUGGCCACGAGAUAG